AUGACUAUUACAGUCCCAUUUAAACAAGUUGACGUCUUUACAUCAAAACUUUUUAAGGGGAAUCCUGUUGCGGUGGUGAACUUCCUCGACGUUGAGGAAAGUAGCAUUACGCAAGAUACGUUACAAAGUAUUGCUAGAUGGACAAACCUGUCUGAGACAACAUUUUUAUUCAAGGCUACUGACCCUAAGAGUGACUAUAAAUUAAGAAUAUUUACACCCAUGUGCGAGCUGCCAUUCGCUGGGCACCCUACUGUCGGAUCUUGCCAAGCAUAUUUAGAGUUUUCCGGUAGAGAUGCCGUGGGCAAUAUAUACCAACAAUGCGGCGUGGGAGUUGUGGAACUAACCGUUGAGGACAAAAAAAUAUCUUUGAAGGGUCCACCACCCAAAGUGAUGGAAGUACCCUCUGCGGAAACUAGCGAUUACGAGGGCUCUUUGUCCGCAGAGUUCUUCCAGAAACCUAUGUUACUAGAUGUUGGUCCCAAGUGGAUUGUAGGUCUAAUGCGAGACCCGCAGUCGUGCUAUGAAUUGGAGCCCGAUUUCUCGAAGAUGAAGGCUUCUACCAUUAAGUAUGGAGCUAUCGGUCUAGUUGUCGCGGGUAAGUACCCUGGCGAGGAUAAGUAUGAAAUGAGGGCAUUCGCGCCAGGAGAUGGUGUACUGGAAGACCCCGUGUGCGGCAGCGGUUCUCUAGCGCUAGCCGCGUAUUUACAACAACUGAACAACUACGAAUCUAACUAUGAGUUUGAGAUUUAUCAGGGCAGAAGAUUGUAUAGAGAUGGGAAAGUCUCCGCUAAGAUCGAGCACCUUGGGGGUGAGGUGGAGUACUUUAUAGGCGGUGAGGCUAUCACCAUUGUAAAUGGUGAGAUAUCCGUUUGA